AUGGACCAGGAACACUUCCCACCUAGAAGUGGAGAUCACGACGAUGACGGCUCCAAGACGAAGAAGCGAAGCAUCUGUAACAACUGUGGCAAGGCCUUUAAGGACAUCAAGACUCAUAUGAUCACCCAUAAGGAUAAACGUCCCGAGAAGUGCCCUGUCAAAUGCUCGGGGACCGCCAUGGAGACGGCUUUCAGCCGCUCCGAUGCGCUCAAGAAACAUCUAGUCGCUGAUCACGACGUGCAGCACGCUAGCGAUGGACAAAUGUUCGACGAUCAUGGUGGGGUGGAGACGAAGACCGGCUGCCAUGCCCCUGGGGCCUUCGGAAAGUGUGGCAUUUCCUUUUCAGAUCCUCAGCGCCUUUACGACCACCUAGACGACUGCGUAUUACAAUCCCUUCUAGAAGAGAACCCUUUCGACAUCAUCAAUGCCCAGCGACUAGCCGAAAUCAGCACUGACUUGGAAGACGAAGAAAUAGGUUAUGAAUUCGACAAUAAAACUGAUGCCUUCGCUUCUCGUCACCCGCCCACGAUCUGGAACAGGAAGAUGGAUCCCGCCCAAAGCCUGCAACCACCAAAAGACAAGCCCAAGCGCAUUAAAUGCAAAAACUAUCCUUCGUCCUGGGGUUACGAUGCAACCCAGGUUGGAAUGAAGAGAAGAGUCAUGUCUAUAUUUAAUGGCCCUAUGCGGCUGGCCAAGGACGAUAUGAUGCUUUCGACUGAACAUGAGGUCCGCAUCAAGCUAUCUGACGGCAAGUCCUCUGUGACGGACCUGGACAUCCUGACUAAGAGCCGUGCCAAGAUGUUUCACGGCGCUCUCGACGACCAAAAGGAUUACGACAACUCAGGGAACCCUUAA